GAACCUGCUGGCUGUGGAGACUGCAAGUCUGGAAGAGCAGCUGCAAGGAUGGGGAGAAGUGAUGCUGAUGGCAGACAAGGUCCUGCAGUGGGAAAGAGUCUGGUUUCCACCUGCCAUCGUGGGUGUCGUCUCUUUGCUGUUCCUGAUUAUCUGUCACCUUGAUCCAUCUGUGCUGUCUGGUGUUUCCUGUUUGGUUAUGCUUUUGUGCUUGGCUGAUUACCUUGUUCGCAUUCUAGCUCCUAGGAUCUUUGACUCCGAUAACUGGACCACAGAACAGCAGCAAAGAUUCCACGAAAUUUGCAGCAACUUCGUAAAAACUCGACACAUAGCUGUGAACUGGUGGAAACGCCUCUUUACCCUAAAGGAAGAAAAGCCUAAAACGUACUUCACAAGCACGAUCAUUUCCCUUGAGGCAGUUGCUUGGGUGGGACAGCAAGUGCACAACCUUCUUCUCACCUACCUGAUUGUGACUUUUGUACUGUUGCUUCCUGGACUAAACCAGCACGGAAUCAUAUAGAAGUACAU